UCUGCUGCAGCACCCAGUGCAGAGACAGCUCCUCCUGAAGGAUGGUGAAUGGAGGAUCUAUGCAAAGCCAGCCGUGUCUCCCAGCUAGAGUGACCUACAGCUCCAUUCCUGUAAACCGAGGGAAGAAGGAUGGCGAAGUGUCACUCGCAGACAAAUUUCCAGUUGAAAAAUAGUUGAUAAGCUGUGCCAAAGAGACAUUUUUUUAGUAAAACAGGUUUGGGUGUAUGUGACGUUUUAUAAUCGUGAGCAUCAUGUCAAAGAAAAAUCGAGCCAAAGGAGACAAGUGUGAAAUGGAAAUGGAGGCCUUUCAGGUAGCGAAUGAAGAACUGAGGACAAAACUGACGCAUAUCCAAAUAGAAUAUCAGCAGGAAAAAAACAAGGUUGGGAAGCUUCGAGAGAAGAUCCAGGAUGUGAGGCAGGAAAGAGAGCAGGAGCAACACAAACACACUGCAUACAUAUCGGAACUCAAAGCUAAACUACAUGAAGAGAAGAUGAAGGAGCUUCAAUCUGUCCGUGAGGCAUUGAUACGUCAACACGAACUCGACGUUGCCCGUGUGGUUAAAAUUAAGGAUACCGAGAUCCAGCGUUUACUGUCUACGUUAAAUGUUUUGCGGGAUGGGGCAGCGGACAAAGUAAAAACUGCUUUAUUGAAUGAGGCGAGGGAAGAGGCCAGGAGAGCGUUUGAUGGUGAACGCAAUAAGUUACAACAGGAGAUCUUAGAGCUCAAGGCUGGUAAGAAACAAACGGAGGAAGCUUUGAAUAACACCAUACAAGCUGAUAAAAUGAAAGCCGCUGACCUCCGAACUGCUUAUCAAACGCAUCAGGAAGAAAUUACGAGGAUAAAGCGGGAAUGUGAGCGGGAUAUCCGUAGGCUGAUGGAUGAAAUAAAAAGCAAAGACAGAGUAAUUCUGGCAUUGGAAAAAGAACUUGGCGUACAGACUGGCCACACACAAAAGCUGCUGCUUCAAAAAGAAGCCUUGGAUGAGCAGCUUGUUCAAGCUAAAGAAGCGGAGCGUUACCACGGGAGUCCAAAGCGAGAGCUUCCUGCAGGCGUUGCGGAUAUCAGCGAGAUCAUGGGGAACGUGGACCAGCAUGUUGAUGACCGUGAUCUGAGAAGAUUUCAGCUGAAAAUUGCAGAACUUUAUGCGGUUAUCAGAAAGCUGGAAGACCGAAACACUUUACUGUCGGACGAGAGAAAUGAAUUGUUAAAACGUGCUAGAGAAGCUGAAACCCAACUAAAGCCUUUGGUUGAAAAGAACAGUCGGAUGUCCAAAAAACAUGAGGAUAUGUUACUGUCAAUCCAGAGAAUGGAAGAAAAAAUCAAAACCUUAUCGCGGGAUAAUGCAGAAUUGAAGGACAAGUUGUCUACGCAGAAUUCUUUGAAACCGCAUACGUUUGCGGAUGAGAGCUGCAUCGCUCAAGAACAAGAAUUAGAAUUCCUGCGUUUACAAGUGGUGGAGCAGAAACAAAUCAUCGAUGACAUUUCAAUGGAAAGAGAGAGAAUGUUGCGCUGUAAAAAGCCGAAAAGAAAAAGCUUGAAACAUCCCAAGAGGCGUGUUGUGGAGACGUUUUUUGGAUUUGACGAGGAAUCUGUUGAUUCUGAAACCUCUUCGGUUGCGUCAUUCACAAGUGAUAAAGCAGACCGGACGCCGGCGACACCUGAAGAAGACAUAGAGGAUAACACGUCUAAAGAAGAAUCUGAUUUACGCUUCUGCCAGCUGACCAGAGAGUACCAGGCUUUACAGAGAGCGUAUGCAUUGCUUCAAGAACAAGUGGGAGGAACACUGGAUGCAGAAAGAGAAGCAAGAACACGUGAGCAAUUGCAAGCUGAUUUAAUCCGCUGCCAAGCAAAGAUUGAAGACUUGGAAAACUCCCUGUGUGAAAAAGGACAGGACUCAAAAUGGGUUGAAGAAAAACAGCAGCUUCUCCGGAAGAAUCACGAUUUGAUAGAAAAGAUCUGCAGGUUUGAGGCAGAAGAGAGCCAGCUGAAGGAUGAUAUACAAGACGCAAGAGACCAGAAUGAGCUUUUAGAAUUCAGAGUUCUAGAACUGGAAGAGAGAGAACGAAGGUCACCCGCUUUUAACCUCCAAAUAGCCAGCUUCACAGAAAAUAAUGGGAGUGCUCUGCAGCUUUUCUGCCAGCAGGAAGGAAUUAAGGCCUCAAAGGGACUUAGAAAGUCUUCUGAAUAUAGCUGCAUGGAUGUUGAUAUUUCUGAACUCAUGAAGAAACUGGAUAUUCUUGGGGAUAACGGGAAUUUGAGGAAUGAAGAACAGGUUGCAGUGAUCCAAGCGGGAACGGUUCUGUCUCUCUGUGAAAAGUGGCUAAAACAAAUUGAAGUUACGGAAGCAGCCCUCACUCAGAAAAUGAUUGACCUUGAGAAUGAGAAGGUAAGCAACACAGACCUGUUCAGCAAGCAGAAAGGCUAUUUAGAAGAGGAGCUUGACUACCGGAAGCAAGCACUCGAUCAAGCACACAUGAAAAUCCAGGAGCUGGAGGCCACGCUUUACAACGCUCUGCAGCAGGACCCUGGUAGAAGAGUGAGUGAAUACCUAAGCGAGACUCAGAGAGAAGACUUGCGAGCGGCGGUGGAAAAGGUCCGAAGGCAGAUUCUCCGGCAAAGCCGGGAGUUUGACACCCAGAUCCUACAUGAGCGAAUGGAGCUCUUGCAUCAGGCACAACAGAGAAUCCGAGAUCUUGAAGACAAAAUAGAACUUCAAAAAAGACAACUCAAGGAGAUAGAAGAAAAGUUUUUGUUCCUUUUUUUGUUUUUCUCACUAGCAUUCAUUCUGUGGCCUUGAUGAUCAAUCCCAGCAACCAAUCAUGGGUUUUAAAAGAGCACAUGGGACAAGCAUCUGAUUAUUCCUCAACUGCCAAAAGAAGAGACCACACAGAAUAUUAUGUUAUUUUUUAAAUUAUCGGCUGGUCUGAAAUGCCACAUGAUUAAAAUUAUGAGUUUUGUAAGAAUUUCAUUUUUAUCUGGACUACAUUUGUUGUACAGAAAUAGUCCUGCUAUACAGAGACUCUAAUUAUAUGUCUGAAAA